CGCUGCCGCUGAAGGCAAAGGGUGGGGGUGGGAUCUGGUGGGUCGAAGGCAGGUGGUCCCCGGGCACUGCCUGGAUUUGGGAGAAAGAACCUGCCACCUUUGCCUCAGCAAUGCCCACGAAAAGAUAAGUCUUACUCCCCACGGCCUUGAACGGGGCAAAUUAAUAGGGAAGGCUCCCUGGGGAAUGUAGGACUCCUUGCAGAGCUAGUGGGAUUGGGAUCACGGGCAUUAAUCAGGUCUGACCACAGAGCUGGAAUAAUUACAUCGUAUUAUAUACUCCCCUUUCCCUCGGCCAUCAUGAUUCUCUUUGGCAGCAUUAGCAGCCACCUGAGGGUCAAAAUGUGGGUGAUGGGGAAGUUGGUAAUGACUCCGCUGUUUUUUCUCCUGGCUCCUUUGGGCAACAGGUGCCCGCCUCCAGUAUACACUGUAGUUGAUUGCAGGGAAACCCUGAACCUUUUCCCCUUCCUUCUCUACCGAUUUUGCACUUUUCUCUUUGCUCACCACAAGUGUAAUCAAUAACAAACACUGACGAUACAUAGCAAUAGUGAAACGCGAAAUAAGAAUUAAUUAGGUACUACAGCCAUGGAUCUGGCUGGGUAAAAUCCAAUUGGAUAUUUCAGUUCCUGUUUUGGUGGGGUUUUUUUUGGUGUUUUGUUUUUUGUUUUUUUUUAUUUGGAUCACUCACCUCCCUCCCUGUUCCUUUUCAUAAUCCCUUUUCUAAAACGGGGAAAAAUCCGGAUGGGUUUAAGGAUUGGACUGAUGUCAGCUGUGUUUUAUUGCACACCUAAAUCCUGAUAAUAGGCUUUUCAUUCCCCCCAAAGUCUUUUUUGGCAGUUAAGCCAAAUGUGUUUUCCUGACAGUUAGUUCAAGUAUUUUCUCCUCCUCUUUUCCUUCUUUUUUCCCCACCCCACCCCAAACAUUAUUGUCCAAACAUGACAGUGGCUUUGUUUCUUGACCCCUGUUAUAUGACAGUCUGCUAAUAUUGCCAGAAGGUGCAGUUUUUGGGUUACAGUCGUGAUUUUAGCUAUUCAAUCAUAUUAGCAGGAAAAAAAUGACUUGUUUCUGUUGUACUUGAGUCUUAAGAAAAAGUACCCAUAGUUUAGUGACACUUUCCAAAGGCUUUAGUACCACCUGUAUUUCAAAAUGGGGGACCCAAACUCCCGGAAGAAACAAGCUCUGAACAGACUACGUGCUCAGCUUAGAAAGAAAAAAGAAUCUCUAGCUGAUCAGUUUGACUUCAAGAUGUAUAUUGCCUUUGUAUUCAAGGAGAAGAAGAAAAAAUCAGCACUUUUUGAAGUGUCUGAGGUUAUACCAGUCAUGACAAAUAAUUACGAAGAAAAUAUCCUGAAAGGUGUGCGCGAUUCGAGCUAUUCCUUGGAAAGUUCCAUAGAGCUUUUGCAGAAGGAUGUGGUACAGCUCCAUGCUCCUCGGUACCAGUCUAUGAGAAGGGAUGUAAUUGGCUGUACUCAGGAGAUGGAUUUCAUUCUUUGGCCUCGGAAUGAUAUUGAAAAAAUUGUCUGUCUCCUGUUUUCUAGGUGGAAGGAAUCUGAUGAGCCAUUUAGGCCUGUUCAGGCUAAAUUUGAGUUUCACCACGGUGACUAUGAAAAACAGUUUCUGCAUGUACUGAGCCGCAAGGACAAGACUGGAAUUGUUGUCAACAAUCCUAACCAGUCAGUGUUUCUCUUCAUUGACAGACAGCACUUGCAGACUCCAAAAAACAAAGCUACAGUCUUCAAGUUAUGCAGCAUCUGCCUCUACCUGCCACAGGAACAGCUUACCCACUGGGCAGCUGGCACCAUAGAGGAUCACCUCCAUCCUUAUAUGCCAGAAUAGAGUACUGACCAGCAAAAUGGAGACGAUCAGAGAGUGCAGCAGCAAUUACUUUCUUGUUUUCUUACCACUUUAUUCUUUCAGAGUUUAAAGAAAAUGGACUCAUGCACAGAACACUAUGCAUUUUGAAACUUGUUCAUCCUGGAUUUUUUUUUUUAAUCAUUUGUAUCUCAGAACUUUAAAAAAAAUUAGAUGUCUUCUGCACGGACUGUGUGAAAGAAGAUGCUUUGCAUCUUUCCUGCACUGCAUCAGCAUCUUAUAAAAAUGUGAAGUGAAAGGACUAUGUACACUGAAAUGCUUAAAUGUAUCCGAAAGCGCAAGGUGAUACUCAUUUUUGAUGGUCUUUCCAUUUGUGCUGGUUUAUGCCUCUUUGACAUAUGUCAUCAGUAUUUAGAGGGUGAGAAGUGAAUGUAACAGGUAUAAAUAACAUUUUAAGAAACUUAAUAGCUUUGCUAUAAUCACCGUUGUUCCAGAGCACUGUCAGAUUCAUUCUAAUGACCAGAAGUGGUUUUUUUUUUAAAAAAAUACAACCACAGGAAAGAAAUCUUAAAUGAUAAAAGCAUCUCAUUAUAGGCAUUCUUGCCUCAUUUUACUGGGCCAUGUUUGUUUCCUGGUACUCAUAAAUACAUGUAUUUUAUUUCCAGAUCUCUUUCCUCAAGUUGCUGUUAGAGUAUUCUGCUGAGUGGAUACAGUUUAGACCCGUUAAAGCAGAUCUGGAGUCUGAAAUCGCUAACGCAGCUAUAAAACUGAGAAAUACAUCCAUAGCUGCUGAAACCAUGAUAGGUAGAGGACUUUCCUUUUUGGUUUUUGUUUUCUGGUUUUAAAGAGAUUUUUAUUACAAAGAAAAAAAAUUCCAGAGAAUUGUGCAGAAAUACUGGUUUCUACAUCAUCCUAAAGAAAAACUUAGGGUUUUUUGGAGUAGAAAAAAGUUAUUCAAGUUGGAAUCUUUAAUUGUAAAAACAACCAUUGAGAGUCCAAGUUCUAAAAGCAGAGUUCAUUUUGUGCGAUGAACAUAAGGAAAGACUACUACUGUAUAGUUUUUUUUUCUUUUAAAUGAAGAAAAGCUUUGCUUAAGGGUUGCAUUCUUUUAUUGGAGUAAAUCUGAAUGAUCCUACUCCUUUGGAGUAAAACUUAGUGCUUACCUGUUUCCUAUUGUAUUUAGCUUUUGGUUGGAAUUUGAAAAAAUGAAAACCUAAAUAAAAUAGGUUUAAGUUCCCUGGCUAUCCAGGUGAAUACACAAAA